UAUGGAAUCUUCGCACAAUCGAAUAGUCUUCAUUACGUGGCAAUCCUCCUUCGGUUUCAGAUCAAAUGCGUUGGGCCACGUCUGCUACCUUUUCUUAAAACGGUCGGCAUCCUAUUCGUUAUUUUUCCAGAACGUGCCGAGACUCUAUCUUUCUGUUUGCUUAAAUGUGCUCCUAUCAUCUGCCUCCUCACCUUUGUUUACAUGUUUGGAAUAAACUCCACUCACGAUGGCUAUUACUCCCACGGUAUCUUUGUCGGCCUUUUGUGCAGCUUGCUAGGGGAUUUCAUGCUCGUUUGGCCAAGCUUAUUUGUCCCCGGUACCAUAGCCUUCGGACUAAGCCAUUGUGCUUAUUCUUGGGCAUUUGGCAUGACACCAUUUUAUCCGUAUAUCUUCUUAUUCUCCCUUGUUCCCUUCACGGUCACACUGGCCAUCACUAGUAGCAUGAGCACUAUCAUCCGACUUACCUGUAUUAUUUACUCGCUGGCACUCAGUAACAUGCUUUGGCGCGCAUGGUCUCGAGCUCAUCAUGAAAGCCGAAUCACUUGGACAUGGACAUCACUAGCCUCAUUUAUUGGCGCCUUUCUUUUUAAUUUAUCUGACGGUCUUCUUGCUUUUGAAUUGGCUUAUCAUCCCUCAAUCAAUCUAUAUCAUGGUGUAUUGGUUACCUACUAUGCGGCUCAGAUGUGCAUCACAGCCUCAAUUGUAGAUACUCGAAACGACGUCUGGAAAAGACUCCGAAUCGACAAUUAA